GCGAAGCUAUUGAGCCAGCGAGGAGUGAAGCUGAGUCUGCCUCAUACACUCCUAGAGGACCACCUUCAGAAUAGAGUUCUUUUUUCGCCCCUUCCUCCUUUUCCCGGCUCCUCUCCUGGCUUUUCUAUCCGCCCAAUACAAUGCAUACUCGAGUGGCAGCCCCAGAGAACUGAAGCAAACCAAAGAGAGAGAGAGAGAGAGGACUGGAGCCAAGACACUUCUGGUGGGGAAGCUUGGAUGCCUGGCUUUCUUUGAGGUCAUCUUUGGAACGAGGGUGGCUUUGGGGUGGAGGGUCGUGCUGCAGGGAUCCCAGCCAGGCCCCAAGAUGGACACUUCUGGGCACUUCCAUGACUCGGGGGUGGGGGACCUGGAUGAAGACCCCAAGUGUCCCUGUCCAUCUUCUGGGGACGAGCAACAGCAGCAACAGCAACCGCCACCACCGCCAGCGCCACCAGCAGUCCCCCAGCAGCCUCCCGGACCCUUGCUGCAGCCUCAGCCUCCGCAGCUUCAGCAGCAGCAGCAGCAGCAACAGCAGCAGCAGCAGCAGCAGGCUCCACUGCACCCCCUGCCUCAGCUUGCCCAACUCCAGAGCCAGCUUGUCCAUCCUGGUCUGUUGCACUCUUCUCCCACGGCGUUCAGGGCUCCCACUUCAGCCAACUCCACCGCCAUCCUCCACCCUUCCUCUAGACAAGGCAGCCAGCUAAAUCUCAAUGACCACUUGCUUGGCCACUCUCCAAGUUCCACAGCCACAAGUGGGCCCGGUGGAGGCAGCCGGCACCGGCAGGCCAGCCCCCUGGUGCACCGGCGGGACAGCAAUCCUUUCACGGAGAUAGCUAUGAGCUCCUGCAAAUACAGCGGUGGGGUUAUGAAGCCCCUGAGCCGCCUGAGCGCCUCUCGGAGAAACCUUAUUGAGGCCGAGCCUGAGGGCCAACCCCUCCAGCUCUUCAGUCCCAGCAACCCCCCAGAGAUUAUCAUCUCCUCCAGGGAGGAUAACCAUGCCCACCAGACUCUGCUCCACCACCCCAACGCUACCCACAACCACCAGCAUGCCGGCACCACGGCCGGCAGCACCACCUUCCCCAAAGCCAACAAGCGGAAAAACCAAAACAUUGGCUAUAAGCUGGGACACAGGAGGGCCCUGUUUGAAAAGAGAAAGCGACUGAGUGACUAUGCUCUGAUUUUUGGGAUGUUUGGAAUUGUUGUUAUGGUGAUAGAGACCGAACUGUCUUGGGGUUUGUACUCAAAGGAUUCCAUGUUUUCGUUGGCCCUGAAAUGCCUUAUCAGUUUAUCCACCAUCAUCCUGCUUGGUUUGAUCAUCGCCUAUCACACAAGGGAAGUGCAGCUCUUUGUGAUCGACAAUGGUGCAGAUGACUGGCGGAUAGCCAUGACCUACGAGCGUAUCCUCUACAUCAGCCUGGAGAUGCUGGUGUGCGCCAUCCACCCCAUCCCUGGAGAGUACAAGUUCUUCUGGACUGCACGCCUGGCCUUCUCCUAUACCCCGUCUCGGGCAGAGGCUGAUGUGGACAUUAUCCUGUCCAUCCCCAUGUUCCUGCGUCUAUACCUGAUCGCCCGAGUCAUGCUGCUACAUAGCAAGCUCUUCACUGAUGCCUCCUCCCGAAGCAUCGGGGCCCUCAACAAGAUCAACUUCAACACCCGAUUCGUCAUGAAGACGCUCAUGACCAUCUGCCCCGGCACGGUGCUGCUGGUGUUCAGCAUCUCUCUGUGGAUCAUCGCUGCCUGGACUGUGCGAGUCUGUGAAAGGUACCAUGACCAGCAGGACGUAACUAGUAACUUUCUGGGUGCCAUGUGGCUCAUCUCCAUCACGUUCCUUUCCAUUGGCUAUGGGGACAUGGUGCCCCACACAUACUGUGGGAAAGGUGUCUGUCUUCUCACCGGCAUCAUGGGUGCAGGCUGUACUGCCCUUGUGGUAGCUGUGGUUGCCCGAAAGCUCGAACUCACCAAAGCAGAGAAGCAUGUGCACAACUUCAUGAUGGACACUCAGCUCACCAAACGGAUCAAGAAUGCUGCUGCCAACGUCCUCCGGGAAACAUGGCUAAUCUAUAAACACACAAAGCUACUAAAGAAGAUUGACCAUGCCAAAGUCAGGAAACACCAGAGGAAGUUCCUCCAAGCUAUCCACCAACUGAGGGGUGUCAAGAUGGAACAAAGGAAGCUGAGUGACCAAGCCAACACGCUGGUGGACCUUUCCAAGAUGCAGAACGUCAUGUAUGACUUAAUCACGGAGCUCAAUGACCGGAGUGAAGACCUAGAAAAGCAGAUCGGCAGCCUGGAGUCCAAGCUGGAGCACCUCACGGCCAGCUUCAAUUCCUUGCCCCUGCUCAUCGCAGAUACCCUGCGCCAGCAGCAGCAGCAGCUGCUCACUGCCUUCGUGGAGGCCCGGGGCAUCAGUGUGGCCGUGGGAACUAGCCACGCCCCUCCCUCUGACAGCCCUAUCGGGAUCAGCUCCACCUCUUUCCCAACCCCAUACACAAGUUCAAGCAGUUGCUAAAUAAAACUCCCCUCUCCAGAAGCGUUACCCAUAGGUCUUAAGAUGCAAAAUCAACUCUCUCCUGGUCGCUUUUGCUGUCAAGGAAGUUUCGGACCAGGGAACCAGAAAGAAGAGAGAUGGAGCUGAUGAGCUGACUCACGUUCUUUCAGCGUGCUUUGUUCGCUAUGCCUUGAAACCAGAAAUCUAAUCUCUGUUUAGGUGCCUCUACUUGGGAGCUGGAAGAGGAGGUGACGGGAAGCAACGCCUCUGUCAGGGCCCUUGCUGCAGAGUUGGAGGAGAACAGAAAUCCCUGCUCGAUCUCAGGUUUUCACAGGGAGGUGGGGAGGGGCAGCCACUCUGAAGCAGCUGAGAGGGAAGCCAGCCAAAGUUGGGUGUGCUGGGCAAGGGUGGUAUUAGGUUUGGGGAAUGGGUUCCUGGCUGCCUUGGGACCUCAGCUCACCUGUCCUGUCCUUUUGUCUAAGGAGGCCUCUGGGUGUCAAAAAUAAAAGAGUGCCACCCAGAACUUUCCAAAAUGGACAUACCCAAAUUAGACUGGGGAGAGUGGUGAUGUAGACAAAUAAAAAGCCAGAUUUUCCAUCCAAUAAUACUAUCCAACAUAUACACACACAGAUGUUCAGUCCAGGUCCUCUCUGUCUGAGUUGAGCCCAGAUGAAAGGGACCUGGUACCUCUGCUUUGCACACAGGAAGCAAGCUCUGACUCUGCAUUGAAGAUGAUGCGUGGGGUGUGUUUAGUUGAGGACGUUAGCAGGUAUUGGCCACAUUCUGAGCUUCACUGAAGAUGCAGGUCCCUCUGUCACAGUGUCCUGGGUGUGCAUGUGGCCUGAUUCAAAUGUAUGCCAACCCCACACUGGAGAACUAAGCGGCCUUCUAAAAACAACAGCUUUUGAAGAGGUUUCUUCCAGCCAAAUAAGCUGUGUGCCGAUGGAACCCAUGUUCCCAGGUGUCUGUGUGGGAGAGGAGGAGACAUGUGUGCCCAGUGCCACCAUAGUGAAUGGAUCUUCAGCUGGCAGCAGGUUCCAGCCAGAGAUGUAGGAGUAUAGAAGGAUCAGUGCCUAACCCUGCUAGGUUGGGAGGAGAAAGGUAGAGAGUGGCUCCUGUGGUCCCUUCUACCUUACCUGACAUCAUCUCAAAACGAAACACUGUGAGAACACCAGAAGCCCUAGGGACGUGUGUGUAAAGUGAGAGGACACAUUUGUUGGAAGCUUGUUCCUAUUGUGCCACAUUCAUCUUGGAGCAAAACCUACUCCACUGAGAGACUCCAGAAACAAGCAGAUCCUGGAUAGGGACAGACACUUGCUUUUUUUUCUCCAUUGCUCUGAGAUCUGACCAUACACACAGCUGUGGGAAAGCUAUUGAGUUUUAUCACUUCUCCCAUCCAGAGGUCUUCGAUUUCUGCUUAUAAGAAAUUACACAUGGAAUAUUUCAUCCAUCUUUUGGUAGGACAAAGGGAUGUUAUCUGUGUAUAGUUGCUGUCUUGAGAGUAGCCCCGUGACAGGCUAUCACAGCCCCUGGAGGCGUUGCCUUACUAUGGGCAUCUUUCUUGUGCAGUGCUGGGCCUGGUCCUCUCAGAGCAGGGAAUUGCUGGACAGUGAGGCAGACAACUGUGGCACGGAAGAUAUGCCUUGGUUUUUUGUUUGUUUGUUGCUAAGCCUCUUGUUUGUCCUUCUGUCUUGCUGCUGCUGUCUCGUGUCUUGUUUCCGCAGAGCUAGAGACCAGACUUGCAGCUUCAUGCAUGUUAAACAAGUGCUAUUCCACUCAACCACACCCCAGCCUACUGCUGUUGUCUUAAUGGCCUAUCUUCUUAAUGGUCUAUCUUGAUCGCUCCCUCGAGCAUUUUCAUUAGCUGUUUUGCACACCAGAGAGGCCACAUUUGUCGUUAGCAUUUAAUUCUUUUUACUUGUUCUUUUAAUUAUUAAUUAUCUGGAAGAUUAUUUUUAUCCUGAGAAUGGUAUUCCUGUUUUCAGUUUAACCAUACCUACAGGCAGAUAUACAGAUGAAAUAGCCAUGUACCUUCUUUGUAGCAUUGGUUUGCAUUUCACAAAAUGAAGGCUGCUGAUGGGCCCACUUACUGGUCAUUUGACCUACAGCCCUCAACUGUUUUCCUUGCUCUCUGUUGCAUCUUGCUGGGAUCCUGUGCUGUGUGGCCAUAAGCAUGGCACAUCUAGGAUUUAGUUCCCAUGUCACACAAAUGACAAGCAAGAUCCCAUCGUGUCCCCUGCCGUGUAUCCAUCUUGGUCUGAACAUAGUCUGCAAUCUGUCUUUUUGUUGAUAUUCUUGCUAAGUAAACUCUGAAGGCAAAGCUAGUGAUGCUAGUCAAGAGGAUGGCUCAAGCUGUUUCAGGAGGGUACCACUAGCAUUAGAGAGAGACAUGGGCAUUUGUAGGGUGGCCUGGCCCAUUGGUAUUGCAAUAGGUCUCUGUGGUCUUAUCUCUAGCAAAAGAAUAUACCUCGAGAAAAGUGACAGGACCAGAGGCCGGCUCUGUGAUGGUAAAUGAGCUGCUGCUUCUCUGUCCUAAUAUUGCAGCUUCAUGAAGGAAGUAAUAAUUCUCUUGCAAAUAUAAUCGACCCUUGAUGACCUAGGUAUUGAGGAUCCUGGUUAGCACACCCAGACGUAUCCCUGCGGGGAGGAGGCUAGUGAGUUCUAAGGCUAUGUGGUAGUGGAAGAGGCCUGAGUCUCUAGAGUGGGCUGCAAUUUAAAACUAUGAAUUACUAUAAUUUUGCUCUAGCCCUGAAGUGGUCCAAUUCUAUUCACUCCUAGAAGGCUGACCAAUGGCAGAGGCCCUCCUAGCAUCUUUCCAGGAAUGCAAUAGCAGACAGAAGCACUCCAAUAUUUCCCCAAAUAUCUGGACACUUGAAUUAAAAAUAUAGAGCCACCCUGUCAUUGCUUAAGCCAUAUUAUUGCUUCAUGUACUGUGAAGUCAGGGAUGUACUGUGAUACUUUAAGACCACUGAGCUCAGUGGGAUUUCAGGACAUAGCAUCAGUUGGUAAUUUACACCCGACUAGAAGCCCAUUCCUCCUUAGAUUGACAUCCAAAUAAGAAUUUGCACCUUUGACUCAAAGGCUGCGUGUGUGAUCAUCAUCAAUAAAUCAUCAUGAAGUGUCUGUGAGCCAUUCUUACCACCUCCAUAAAGUAUAACUCCAUGACAUCAUGUCUCAAGAUAUGACCCAAAUGAAUGAGAGGGGCUAUAGCCAUGCAUCAGCAGUGACUGUGACCCCAACAGGGUCCUGUGCUGAAACAACAACCUUGUAAUUUAGAAGACAUAGAAACUAUAUGUGAAAGCUAGCCCUUGAACAGCACAGCAUUGAUAAAUAAUGAUUUCAUUGUAUCUGGAGAGUUUCCCCUUAUAAAGAAGUCAUGGAAAGAAGAAAACAAGUGAUACAAAAUCAGAGUAGGGAAAAGUCAGAAACUGGAGUCAUAUAUCCCACCAAUAUGUCUCAGUUUGUGUGUAUUUAAAAGUGAAGAUGAAUUAAUAUUAUGUUCAAAGUAUUCCAUAAACGACAAAAUGAGAUCGCUAUUGCUAGCACAGCAGCCUUGACUGACUAGCUAACCCAUACUUAGAUGUUACAUUUGAAUGUAGUAAUAGUUACCAAAAAGUAAUUACUGCACCCCAGAUAGGUAGUGAUUUGCAGGGAGAAAUAUGGGGUUUGUGCACAGUUCAGGAAGCCCCCCCUCCUCCAGAGGAUGACAAACAAUGUAUCCCAAAUCAAGAGUCAGUGUUUCAUCUCAAAACAGACACCCUGGCUACUGCUAGAGAAACCUGGCUGAGACACUGUGACACUACCAGCAGGUUCCGGACUUUUUAAACUACUGCUUUUAAAUGCUCAAAUAGGUUCCCACUUCAUCCAGUCACUCUACUUCCCCCAAAGCUACUAGAAGCAGAUUAAGGAUCCAUUAGUGGUCAUUUUGCUGUUCCUGUUGACUUCAUGGUCUUUUGGUUUCAGUCCCUUAGAUGGCUAUCUGGAGGCUUCCCGGCAGAUAUGAACAGUUCAUUCUCUCCCCUGUAGCCAGCUGGUUUGUUCACCCUUGGACAGUAUCUCUUCCUUCUCCACUACUGCCAAAGCAAGCAUUUGUGGAAUAGGACUAUACCUAAAACGGGGGAAUGGAGGGGUAGUGCUAGUGUCUGCCUAUGGUAAUAGGAAGCUUGCGUCAGGCUGCAUGAAUAGUCACCGAUGGUAAACUCUUGCCAGACAAGGAAUAUGUAGUCUUUUGUUGAACUAGGCCACAGCUUAUGAACAUGUGUUCUGUGCAGUAGUCUAUAGGCAACCACAGAGGGGGAUGUAACUGUGAUCUUUUUGUCUUACGCCAUUACUGGAAACGCCCACACAUGAACUGGAGUUCCCUCGGAACAACAUUGUCAAAUCUUCAACAGACGACCUCCGAACCAGGUGCCACGAGCCCUGCACAGCUGUUUACACAUUGAGACACGUAUUCUGGAAGCUGCAAGCAACCUCGGGCCUGGACUGACAAGAGACCUUGUGACCAAUCAAGCUGGUGGAGGAAAAGCACAAAAUUCAAUACCAACCUCUAGUUAAGAUCCCAAAGAGAUGCUGACAUUUCUGG